AUGCUCGAACAAGAGGCCCUCUUGAUUCAGAUCACCCACAACGCAACACAAACUGCCUCUACCAAAUCCACCAUAGCCCACGUCAAAUCCUCUCGAAUCUCACCGACCCAUUCCCUUUUCUCACCCAUUUCCGUCCUUCCUCACCGAUCGCUGUUGCUGCAAUACCCACCGUUACCAACAGCUCCAUCCAUUUCCACGCGCUUCUUCCUUCUCCGUUCCGCCCUUUUUCGCACGGCGCGUUCUUCUUCUUAA